ACAAAGGUUAAGGCCAACAAUAAUGGCGGCCAAUGUUUUUAUUAUACUAUUAAUAACAUUGGCUGGUUUACUAACACUAGGAAUAAAUCUAGAUCUAGAUCUACCUCUUAAAGAUGUAAAUGCUAGUAAUAUAAAAAGUGUCUUAAUUGCGCUAGAUAAUGUAAUGAAGUUUUAUAAAGAACAUUACAGAAAUCUUAAUUUGGAUGGUUUCUUUGGACUUCGUAUUAUGCAAGGACAACUUCAAAUGUUAGUAACAGAGUACAAGGCUAAUCCUCAUGGAAACCUUUCUUCAGACAUUAUUGAGCACAUUGAAACUUUGGUUCAGUCAUCCAGCAAUGUCAGUGCUUUAGGCCUAAAAUAUAUAGAAAAUGAUGAUCCAGUUUACUUCCACAAAUUCAGGCCCAUUAUUCUGUCUCCUUGGAGGAUAAAAAAACCACACCGCAAAUUAGAACCUCACCUCAGAUGGGAAAUACCUCAAUACAAAGCUAAGUUAAAAGUAAAAUUAACAGAAGAGUUGAGUGAUAAAUGUAUAGUACAGUUGUUGCAACCAGACUGCAAUAUAACAGAGGACUGUGCUGACAUUAUGACUACCAGAGCUCUUACAGGCUAUGGUAUUACACAUCAACUGUUGUGGACUGCAAUUGGAGAAACAACGGUCAACUGCACUGUGAACAUGAAUAAAAUCAUGGAAACUCGUGGAUUUGGUAAUGUCAGUGCUAUGCAACUGGAAUGGUGCACCAAUAAUUUCUAUGAAAUGGUAGCUAUUGUGCAAGUUCUGAUGCACAAAAAAAUUCAUGAAAGUCAACAGGAUUUAUUUUUUGAACAACAGUUUGUUUGUCCUAGCCUUGGUUUUUAUGAGUUUUUGAAAAUGGAGUACCUAAAACAGAUGUUGACUUGGCAGUUUCCUAUGGGUUGUUUUGGAGACAGAAAUACUGAGACAGAUAUAAACUCAAUAUUGUUCAACUACCAAGAAGGUCAGACACUUUUCCUGCAUAACAAAGUGAAUGCUGCCAAUGGUCAAGUGACACUAAAGGAUGGUUCAAAAACACUUGAGUCUGAAAAAUCUGAGCAAGUUCAUUUUGUGAAAGAGAAGGAUUUAGCUGUGAGUGAAAACUCAACAAAUAUAGUCACGUUAAAGAGCAAUGCUUCUUUUGUAUCUAUUAGGAGAAAACAAAGAAAUAUAAAACAAAGCAGUUUUGUUGGUAAACUCAAACAAAGUAGUAAAACUCAGAGACGCCUUCUGAAUGAGAAACUAAUGGAGGAUGGAUGUCUCUCUCACAAAACAGCAGUGGCAGUUGGGGCACUGUGCUCAUACAUCCGUUAUAUGAUAGAGCCGGGAAAUAUACAGUGGACAGGACAGCAUGAGCUGUUCCUUAUGGACAUGAGGAGCUUACUGCAGGCAGAUGGUGAUGGGCAGUUAAAGCUCUCAGUGGAUAGGCCUGAAGAGGAGGAUGAACACAAAGAAUUAGAGGAUUUGGGCGCAGCUAAUAAUGAUCACUACCCUGCGGAGGAGGAAGAAGAAGAGGAAGAAGGGGAAGAUGAAGAGGAGUACAAUCAAGAUGCUCAGGACUAUGUCUCGGAGCAGCCCAAAGCUCAUCUAGAAAACCCAGUUAUACAGUUUGACCAGAGGGACAAUGAUAAUAUUAUGGUUAAUGAGGACAAUGAAAAAGAGCUGAUAGAGUACUCCAAUGUUCAUGAUGACACUGGUGCCGAGAAGCAAAUGUUGCCUCUUGAACCAGCAGAAAACAACAUGGUAGACACCAGAGAGCAGCAGGAGGACCGCAACUAUUAUGACGACGAGGGAGAAACAGAAAAGGGGAUCAUCAAGCGGAACAGGCAAAUCACCCCAAGGCCACGUCCUCCAAUUAGGACUCGUAAAAAACACGGAAGCAGCUCCGAUAAGAGCUCAGAAAAUGUACUCUCUGACCAGCCUAACUAUAUGGUCAUAGUUUUGGUGUCUGUUUCUCCUUUCUUUGUUUUACUUCUAUUCUUACUCAAGUUUAUUAGAAAGAGAAGAGUGCACAAACGUCAUACAUAUUUUUGACAUGCUUUGAAAAGAAGGAAAUUCGGCAGCUUGACUGUACAAUUAACGGUGCAAUAUUAUAGUUUAUGUGUGGCAGAUUGAAAAUUUGUUUUCAUUUGUUCAUAUUACAACAGAAAGAAGCAAAAAUAUUUUUUAAUGUAAUUAUCUAAUUUUUUAAAUAGAUUUUUUUUCUUGUUUUUUGUGCCUUUUGCACAGUUAUGUGUGUAACCUUUGCACAAACAUUUUUAAGUGAAUACUGAAUAAAGUGAACCAGUGGAAGUGUUUUGAAAACUUGUAGAAUUUCAUUUCUAUGGAUUGCUAAUAGUUUGAUCUUGCAUAAACAAAAUGUCUUCCUAUCUUCAUGUUCACCAACCUGGAUGUUGUAAGGGAGGCUACUUACUCAAAAGGCUCAAGUGGCUGUAGUCUCAGUCCUUUAGCUUUGACUUUUUUGUCUACUCUAUCUGGACUCUAUAGUUAACAUGCUUUCUAUUUAUUGUUUUCACUGUUUGAAACAGUAGAGCAUCAGUAUUAUUCUAUAUAUAUCUGAUUUUAAAAUAUUGAACUUAGUCAUGUAUCAUAAGACUCAUUUAUUACAUAAACAUUAAAUUGAAUACUGUUGUUUUACAUGAUACACUAUCAUCUAUGAUCUUAAUAAGCAUACAUUUUUAUUAGUAGUAAAUAUUUUUAUUUAAAAAAAAAUCUUUAUAAUUACUUUGAUACAAAUGUAUUUAAUUUUAUGUCAUAUUUGUCUGAGCUUCAAUUGCUGCUAACUAGUAACCAUGUUUAGGUUUUAUUUGAUAUACAACUUAAUGUACACCAAGUUGAGCUGUUGGUGGCCUUCUCAAUCCUAGAACAACUAUGGUUCAUCUUGAAGAAUACUUUUUCACGUGACUGUAGAGUCCUAUUCUCAAGAGGCAUUCCUGUCCGCAUAUAACGCAGGCUAAGGUGGCAUUCGCUUUGGUGGUAGAGAGUCCGUCCUCUAUUUCUUUUGGCAUGCUUUUUAUCCAAAGCUGAGGCCAAGACAUUUUCUCUAUCCAUAGCUUUCUUGGUCACCAUCUGUGACUCUCCACAUUAUGCCGUCUAGAGCUAUGUCUUCCCAGUUGUCAACAUUAAUAUCCCCUGCUUUGAGGUCCUUUUUGAUUACGUCCACAAAUCGGAGGCGGGGAUGAUCAGUUUUUCUUGAACCUGUCAUGAGUUGUCUGUAAAGGAUGACUUUCAGGAUACAUUUAUACUCAAUCCUGUGGACAUGACCUAGUCUGAGCAUUGUAAAGUUGGGAAGACCUGCUCAAGCAAGUAUCUCAGUAUUACACACUCUUUCUUGACAUGUGAUUUUGAGAUGGGCACCAAAUCUACAAGCUAAUAAGCUGUUAAAAUUUGUGUUUAUGUUAAAUUAAAAAAGCAAAGCAAAAGAUGUACAACAAAAAGUAUGAAAACUAGUUCUAAUGUUUUUAAUGUUUUAAUGUACAUUUUAUGUGUGAUUAAUUUUAAGCCAUCUUGUAUUGUAAAUAUUGUCUGUAAUUUAUUCUUUGUGUGUUGCUGCUAGAAUGAAGCCGCAUGUCUGUGAAACAGUGCUUCAUUUAAUCAGUUCUGAAAAUGAACCUCCAGUCUCAUUUAUUUAUUUGCAUUGUAAUUAUCACCUGUUUUUCAAAGCUUACAAUACUGCUCAUUUUAAAUUAAAAUGUUAGUCUCUUGAUCCAUAAAAAAAAAAAAUACUGUAUAGUCUCUCUGCCUGAAUUUUUCUCAUAUAUAUUGUUACGAAUCUCACUAUCCAGGCUCUCUGCAAACUGCACCAUACACCACCAACUUAAAGAACUUGACAACUCAGGGCUCCAAAGUAACGUAACACUUUAAUAGUUGAAUAAAUAACAGCCAAUACUGUACAAUUGGCAACACGUACACUGUACAAAUAUCUCUCCGAUAACACCGUUCCGCAGUAUCAACUCUUGCACUGGCCUCUCCGUCUCGUUCCGGGCUUGCACUGGGUUCAACAGUUCAGGACUGACUUCACACACUAGGCUCGUUGUGUCGGACUCGAUCGCAGACCAAGAUCAAGACGCCAGCCGUCUCAACUGUACUUGACAUUACUCCGCACCGAACCGUCGUAAUGCUCCGUACAGAACCACACCGCUGAACUGUGCUGUAGUCGACCGGACUGUAGUGAACCGGGCUCUGAACCCCUGCCGUGAACCUCCUUUCUGAACCUUGCUGUAUUGAGCCCCUUUUCUCGACCGUCUUGACUGCGAUACCUCCGCUCUUAUAUAGGGUCCCUACUGGCCUUCUCGAACCGGACAGAACACCGCUCGACGUUUCCAGGUGGUCAGAUGAUUACAAUUCUCGUGACGCUCCUGAGCUCUGUUCACGAACCGCCGUCGAUCCUUCCCGAACCGCCGUGUUGACACUCGACUCGGCUGACCAUCGUAACUCGUCACGGUUGACCGCUCGUCUAGCGCUGGCCUGGGGCGAUUUGCGUCGGCUGACUACACUCACACCACUACCCCCAUCUGUGCCACCACCAGGUUUAUAACAAUAUUUAUACAUAAAAUAUAGACUAUUUUGUAGAUAUUAAUAGUUAUUUGGAGAUGUCUCUUGAAUUAUUGUUACCAAACUCAAUGUGUCCAUCACUGUAUGUAAAGAAGUGGUAAAAUGAUAUUUUACAUGAAAACAAAGAAUGAUCAACAGUUAUUUGUGUUUAUUUUAACCAGGGCAGAGUACCAAAGGACUAGAAAGAAGCUAAUGUCACCCCCCUAUUUAAAAAAGGAGAAAAAUCUGACCCAGGAAACUACAGACCAGUAUUACUUACCAGCAUCACAUGUAAAAUCCUAGAACACAUAAUAUAUAGCAACAUCAUAAACCACUUAGACAAACAUAAUGUCCUCACACCAUACCAAGUUCACCACCAUAGUUUGCUUAAAAAAUAAAAAUAAUUUCGGCAUUAAUGGUCCACUGCAUCAGUGGAUUAAAGAUUUUCUGAUAGGUAGAGAACAAACUGUAAUAAUAAAUGGCUCUAAAUCAACACCGAUAACAGUAAACUCAGGUGUACCUCAAGGAACAGUCUUGGGUCCACUACUAUUUUUAAUUUACAUAAAUGAUUUACCAAAUUGCAUUACUUCAGGAACAAAAGUUAGAUUAUUUGCAGACGAUUGCAUAAUAUAUAGAACAAUAAAAACAACACAAGACACAGAUGUUUUACAAAGAGAAUUAGAUGAAUUACAGAAAUGGGAAUCAAAUUGGAGCAAGAGUAACAAAAAAAGCUAAAACAAAUUAAUUCCACUUAUCUUAUUCAUGGCAAACCAGUAACACAGACUAAAAAUUGCAAAAUACCUAGGUGUUAUAAUAAAUGAAAAACUGUCAUGGAAUCCACAUAUUGAUUAAACUAUAAAAAAAUCAAACAAAGCAUUAGGAUUUAUUAAAAGAAAUUUUUAUACAUCAAAUAAGAACAUAAAACUAAAAUGUUAUUUAACCUUGGUUAGGCCAAUAAUAGAAUAUGCAUCCUCCGUUUGGGACCCCUCAACUCAAGAAAAUGUUAGGAAACUGGAAUAGACACAAAAUAGAGCAGUGAGAUUCAUAACAAACGAAUAUUCACAUUUGACUAGAGUAACACCUUUAGUAAAAUCACUAAAUUUAGAAAGCCUUUAGGACAGAAGACUCAAAAGUAAAGUAGCAAUUAUUCAUAAAACACUGAACCAUAAUCUUCAAAUACAAAAUUUAAUAAAAUACUCUGAAAGACACAAAGAUAAAGGCACAUUUCUUGUCCCAUAUGCUAGGACAAAUUUGUACAAAUACUCCUUCUUCCCUAGUGCUAUUAGAGCAUGGAAUGGGUUGCCUGAGCUAGCCAGGAAAACCAGUGACUUGGCAGAGUUCAAGUCAUUGGUUAAUAUGCAUGACGCGUAGGACGUAAUCAUCUUCUUUUUUGAAGUAACGUCUGUAUUAUAUAAGAUAAGAUAAGAUUUGAUCUCAUUUUAAUUAUUAUUAUUUAUAUACAGUCAGACCUUAUUAUAAUAUUAAGUAACGUCUGUAUUAGAUAAGAUUGCGCUUUUUUAAUUUGGUAUAGUAAGCAUCUGAGUUUUUGUAGGGUUUCCUAGGCAGUGUUUGCAUCUCUCAGCAAGACAAUCUUACUGUUUGUUGAAUUUAAUAAGAAAAUGACUCUAGAACUGUCAGUCUCAGUGGCAAUACAAAUCUUUCACCACUGAGCUGUUCAGUGACAAUGUCAUCUCCCCUCCAUUUUCUUUUUCACUUCUUCAGAGAAUUUCUAGUUAUUGUAAUGUUUAUUUCUCCAUUUUAUUUGUAACAUCAAAUCAGCAUGUGUCUUGAGGUUUCUUUAAAAUAAUGUUACUGACUCAUUUCAGUUACAUUAAAGAGAAUUAUGUAAAGCCUUUGUAUCAAAAUCUCCAACUUUCACCUAACUCAUCUUUAAUAUAUAAGUUAAAACAUAAUUUUUUAUUCCUUUUUUUUUUUCUUUGCCUUUACUAAAACUAUAAAAAAAUCAUUUUUUACAUUUUUACAUUUUUCAAAUAGUUUUGAAGUUACAAUAUACGUCACAAAAACCUCCAUGAUUUAGGAGCAACCAUAAACCUUGUUGCUUCUUUACCUACUUCUCAGUAAAACUGAAUUCUUUGUGCUUUCGCAGCAUUUAAGUGUUUUUUUUUACCUUACAAAAACUUUUUAUUUGAAGAGCCUUUUAUCAAUUUGAUUUUUUAUCUCUUUCUGAGUUUACUUUGAUAUACUCUAGAAAAUGGCAGAGAUAGCAGUUUGAUUCUACUAGAAUAUACUUGUGAUUAUUGAACAAGUCCACUAGCCAUGAUAUUAAUUUCUGUUUUCUUGAGGUUGUAAUUAACUGUAAGUAACUUAGAAAACAAUUCCAGAGGCAAGUAAUUACUUGAAAUGUUUAAUGAUUUUACUUUACAUUGGCCAUUAUGAGUUAUUGAAAGCCAAACCUAUUCUGAGCACAUAUUUCUAUUCAUUUUAAAUAUAUCAUCAUGUGUUCAUCUUUUGUUCCAUGAUGUGGAUAGUUUUGAUACAGAAUUAUAGUGCAUCUUUUUUUAAAUUUAUUUAUUUACUAUGAAUGUAUUUAAUUUUUAUUCAAAGAGUGGUGGCUGAAAUUUGAAUGCAUAAUUAUAUGUGCCAUAUUAUGAUAUAUAUUAUAUAUAUGUAUAUAUAUAUAUAUAUGAUAUUUAUGUCACUUUCAAGUUUGCUUUUUUGUCAAAGUUUGUUCCCUGGUGUUUGACCAAGUUUAAAAGUGUUUGAUAACAUAGAAUACUGUCUGUUAUUGAAACAUUUUUUUAUGACUGACUCAAGAAAGUAAGUUUGUAGGGUUUUUUUGUUUGUUUUUUAUUGUACUGUUCAAAUUUUAAUGUCAAUAAUUAUAAUUUUGUUCACCAA